ACUGAUAGCUAAAGUAGAGGUUUGCUUUCAAGUUGGCGCUAUAAUGUAUUUAACUGGAAUUCACAGUAGUGACCGAAGGCUUUAACUCGAGAAGAAGAACAUAUUCUUUCCGAAAAUACAGCGACAUUUGGUUUGUAAUAUGGAAGUCAGCAGGAACUGGUAUUAUAAACAAAACAAACGGUGGCACGUUAAAGCAAAUUCAAAUUUUAGCGCGCUUGCGUUUGCGCAGUACAGGGAGUCAGUGUGGAACACAUCUGCAAGUGUGAUUUGUGCCACAGAUUUGUGCCUCGUGCAAAACGUUGAUGGUCGGUCUGUGAUUUGAAACAGAAGACGUGUUUUGUGACUUGGAAACAGGACGUUGGAAGGCAAAUAUAGCUACCUAGCAUUUUUUUAGUUGAUUUAUAUAGCAACUAUACCAACAAAAUGGACCACAGAUUCCGUCAAUGGCAGUUUUCUGCUAGACUGAGCAAUAUCCGUCGUGAGGCAGAGAAACGCGAGAGUAUGACAUCGUUGCACCACGCAGCAAGAAGUGGUGAUGUACCUUUAGCUCGCAAAUUGUUGGCCCGAGGUUUAGCUAUCAAUGCUGAGAUUAAGUACGAUUUUUUAACACCAUUGUAUUUUGCAAUUCGCGGAAAUCAGUUGCAAAUGGUUAAUUUUCUAAUUGCACAGGGUGCAGACGUAAACCAUAAAGUUAUAUUUGGGUUGACACCUUUAAUUGUUGCAUGCCAAGAGGGGCACGCAGAUAUUGUUAACACCUUAAUUACUCAUGGCGCAGAUUACAACGAAAGAACAAAUAUAAUGAAUACACCUCUGCAUUUUGCGGCAGAAAAUGAUCAUCGGGAUGUAGUAAAUGUUCUCAUUGGAAAAGGAUUAGAAGUUAAUGCUGUAAAUUGCGAUCAAAAAACACCCUUGCAUUUUGCAGUAGAAAAUGGAAAACUUGAAAUGGUUAAAAUUCUUAUCUCGCAUGGAUCCAAUAUUAAUGUUGGAUGUACAGUUUUGCAUUCAACUCGUGGACCAGAUUCAAACAUGACUCCAUUACAUUUUGGGGCACUGACCGGUAAUUCCGAUAUAGUUAAAGUUCUAAUUGAAGCUGGAGGGAAUCCUAAUGCAAAAACGAAGGAUUGCCUUACACCUUUACUGUUGGCAUCUCAAGAUGGGUUUGUUGAGUCUGUAAAAUUGUUGCUUAAAGCAAAUUCUAAUGUUAACGUACAGAAUCAUGACAAUGUGACACCUUUGCUUGCUGCAGCCAAACAGAAUCAUCUCGAGAUAGUUAAACUUCUACUUCUUGUGAACGGUAUUGACGUUAACGUUAAAGAGUCCAGCGAUUUUACUGCUUUACAUAUGGCAGCACAGAAUGGUUCUGCGGAAAUCGUUCAACUGUUAAUAAAAAAUGGUGCUAAUGUUAAUGCUAAACAGAACAAAGGUUUCACGGCUUUACAUCAGUCCAUUCAACAAAAACAUUUAGAAAUUAGUGACUUUUUAAUUAAUAAUGGAGCAAACAUUCACGUUCUCGACAAUCAAAAUUGGACUGCAUUACAUCACGCAGCACACAAUGGUUUGUCCGCAAAAAUUGUGGAGAACUUAAUUGCAAAAGGGGCAAAUGUAAAUGCAAUCAUAGAUGAUGGUAGGACAGCUUUACAUUUAGCAACAAAGCAUGACUUGGAGAUCGUGAACUUUCUAAUAAAAAAUGGAGCAGAUUUAAAUGUUGUAGAUAACAAGAGUUGGACUGUUCUUCAUUACGCGGCAUAUUAUGGUAGUUUGGAUGUUGUGCAAUCUCUUCUUGAUAAAGACAUAGACAUAAAUGUAAGAACGAAAGCAAAUUCCACACCCUUGCUCUUUGGAGUAGAUUACAAUCACUUGGAGGUAGUCGAAUUGCUUUUGCAAAGAGGAGCAGAUGUUAAUGCGUUAGGUGAAAAAAAUUGGACUCCUUUGCAUUAUGCAGCAGGAAAAGGUUACGCCCCAAUUGUCAACGUCCUAGUGAAACAUGGUGCCAAUCUAAAUAGCACAGAGAAUGAAGGUAAACUUACACCCCUACAUUUAGCAGUACAACGCAUUCAUCCUGAGGUAGUUACAACCCUUAUUGGAAAUGGGGCAGACGUUAAUGCCUUAAUGUACAUGAGUAUCACACCAUUACAUUUAGGAGCACAAUUUGGUGAUCUAGGUAUACUCAAAUCUCUCCUUAUGAACGGAGCAUAUUAUGAUGCAAAAAUUAACAUAGACCAAUACACAUUGCCAAUGCACGUUGCAGAAAAAUGUGGUAACUCAGAGGUGGUGCAUGUAUUCAAACUAAUUGACAAGCUUUUUCUAUCGACAAAAGAAAACGAUCACUUACAAGUUGAAGAGUGCAUCAAACAGGGAGCAUUAGUUAACAGUAGAAGUAUUCAUUUCAAAACCCCAUUAAUUUACGCAUCAUGGAAAGGUUACACUAAAGUUGUUGAUGUCCUGCUCAGAAAUGGUGCAAAUGUAAACUUCACAAACAAUAACAAUGUUUUUCCACUACAUUAUGCUGCAAAGUUUAAUCACAUUGAAAUUGUGUAUUCUUUACUAAAACACGGUGCAAUGUUUGAUGUUGUUAGUACUACUGGUAGAAACAUGCCAAUGGACUGUGCAAAAGAUGGCAACCAUACUGACAUUAUCAAUCUAUUGGAGUUAAUCGGUAACUUAUUUGAAAAAGCAAAAAGUGGAAGCUUCGAAGUUGUUAGAGAAUUAAAAACGAUUAGAAGCAACAGCCUUAACAAAUUCUUAACCAUAACAAAUGUUCGUAACAGUGAAGGACGAACAUUACUGCAAACUGCAAUAUGUAACGAUAAUAAAGAAUUGGGGACUUUGCUAGCAAAGUUGCUGCAAGAGCCGGAGACGUUGAGUCGUUAAGGUUUCAUCCACCUCGCAUUCAUCUUCCUAUUAAAUUUAAUUUAAUGCUGAAUAAAUGUAAGCAGAUAUUUUUCAAGAAUUUUUUGUUUAUUUCAUUAUUACUCAUAUCAUACCAUUCAGAAUUGAAACAAUUUUGUUUAUUUUAGCAUCACUACCUACUUUAUUAUUUCUUUUUUAUAUC